AUGAAAAACAACAAGGCCACGGAAAACUAUUACAUGAAGGAACCCCCAUGUGAUCAUGGGAACAAUGUGAUAAACAAAUGCUCCAGCUACUUUGACAUAAGUCAAAUUAAACAGUUAUACGCCCCCCAAAGUACCAAUGGAUAUGAGCAGAUUUUUUCCAUCCCUCGUAAAGCCAAGAAGACAGGAAGAAAAAGUAAAAAAGAAAUAUCCAACACAAAGGGUUCCAUCUCCUCAUUCCAUAGUGAUCAGUACGAAAAUGACAAACAAAAAAAUCCAGUGCCUAUAAGAAUAGGCCUAAGGAAAAAAAUGAAAUAUAACUCCCCAAAUGAAGAUUCCCACUUUUUUUACAGCAAUUCUUUUGACCAAACUCCCAGAAAGCACUUCUCAUUUAACCAUAAGGACCCACAAAAUGACGAGCCUCCAAACGUUUAUAAUCCCAGGGGUAGUGUUACAAAAGGUGUAAACAAAAGGCCUACUAGCAGAAGCGACUCGUUAAACAAAUACGAUUUUAUUAGAUUUGUCUGUUCUCCAACCAAAAAAAGUGUCGAUAAUAGAAGUGCAAAUUGUGAUAGUGAAAUGUGUAGCGCGAUGAAAAGUAAUACCAUUACAAAUGACAAUACCAGAAAUGACAAUACCAGAAAUGACAGUACCAGAAAUGACAAUACCAGAAAUGACAAUACCAGAAAUGACAAUACCAGAAAUGACAAUACCAGAAAUGAAAAUACCAGAAAUGACAAUACCAGAAAUGAAAAUACCAGAAAUGACAAUACCAGAAAUGAAAAUACCAGAAAUGACAAUACCAGAAAUGACGCUUUCAAAAAUCACCCUAUGAAUAUCGCAAACUGCGGCGAACACACUGCUACUAGCGUGGCCUCAAUGAAUGAUCCCCAAAGAGUCGUAAACAAUUAUGUCCAAUGGGAUCAAUUUUUUCACCCCAAAACAGAACCAGAACCGCCCAAUGCCCUCAAAAGACGAACAAAAUAUGACCCCAACAUCAUCCAAAACAAUGAUAUAAUGAAUGACACAAAGGGUGCUAUAUCCUCUGCUAGAAAAAUUUACCCGCCAAAUGAAUCAAUUCUUAACCCCAAAGGAGGUACAAAGUGUGUCGAACGGGUUGGCAGAAGCGGGACCACUAACAGUCACACAGGGGAAGACACCAAAAGUGCCAUAAGAAAUUUCACAAAACAUUACCCCCCACAUGAGCUGUACAAUGACACAGACGAAAGCAGAGAAGGUGAACAAGAAAGAACCCCUCAAAACGGGGCACAGAAUAAUGGACCCAUAGACCUGGAUAGCCAUGACUCCAUCGACCGACUUAGUAGAAACUUUUUCAUAAACAACAAGAAGAUUUUCCUUACACACUUUCGAAAAGAUAAGGAGACACAAACUAAAAGAGGUAGCAAUUAUUCACAUAGCACUGGUGGGAACGUUCCUCUCAGACACGAUGCCACACAGGGAGAAAGAAACAAAGGAAAAAAUGAACAAAACAAAUGGUGGAAAAAUGGUGAAGAGGUAACCCCAGGUGGUGAAUCAUUCCACUGCGGUCAUUUUGCAAAAGUGAAUUCUCCGCAUUGUGAAGAAUAUAUUCACAGCGAGGAGGAAAUGUGCCGAGCGGAAAAUUCUAGUAGAAGGAAUUACCAUCAAGGGGAAGACCAAGCCAAAGGAGACGAUUGGAACGAAGAUGAUAAGCACCUUAAUCACGAUACACGCUACUCCGAUGAAGAGCCAAUUGACGGUAGAAACUUUCUACCAGACAUGAACUCCUUUGUACGGAAAAACUGCAACGUAAUGAAAUCGCUGUAUAGCCACCUGGGCGUCCCAUACAAUGGGAGUAAGGAAGAAAUUAAAAAAUCGUACAAGGAAAAAAUAAAGGUACACCACCCAGACAAAGGAGGAAGCGUCAACAAGUUUCUUCAACUUAAACUUUCUUACGACAUACUAACAAAUGAUAAGAAGAGAAAAAUGUAUGACAAAUAUGGACAUGGCAUAUUAGAAUUAUUAGUUAGCGAAAAUUUUCAAAAUUAUGAAAUAUCUUCAUCGGAUGGAGAAAAUAAUCAAAACGAAAUUAUUGAUGAGGAAAACAUAAAGAUAUAUAACUUUUUUGUUCAAAAAUAUAACAACACAUCAUACUUACAUAAUUUGCAAGAUUUAAAAAUGGAUAGCUAUCAGUACAACGAAUUUCAGAAACUAAUUUUCCAUUUUUUUCAUCAUGAAAAUCCCAUGUUCAAGAACACCUUCCAUUUAUUCCCAGCGUACUCUCCCUUUGUCCCUCCUUAUAGAAAAAAAAAAACAGACAAACGGAAAACAGAUAAAAUGAAAGCCGAUAAAAUGGUGGAAGUUGAAAAAGGGGCUAAUGGAAAAGAGGUAGAUAAGAAGAUGAUUCCUCAUUUGGAUUUAUCAAACAGCUUAGACAACACCCCUGUGUCUUCUAUCCCAACGAAGGAGCUAUUCAGUUCUUCAGAAAGUUGCACAUCUCGAAAUUAUUCCCCUUCAAAUUACAGCGCAAAAAAGGAAUGUUCAAUUAACGAUGUAUUAAGCGAAGAGCAUGUCACUAAUCUGUUUAACGAAAUGGAAAAUGACUUUAAAUACUUCUACAACAAAUUUAUUGUACAUAAAAUAGAGGAAUCAGAGCUUGCUAAGAACAACUCCACGUAUGGUAAAAAAGCGGCGACGAAAAUCGUAAACCCAGCAGAUCAUAAUAACGUGGAGGUGAAGGGCAACAGUGAUGAUGUUUCCACCCCCAUGAAGGAGCAUACACACCACUCCUUCGAACAGUUUCCUUACGAUGAAGACAUGGCCACUCCUCUAGCGCAGUGCCAACUCUCCCACGAAAAACACAGCUCCAACCGUUGGCGCCAAAGAGAGAAGGACUACUCCUUCCGGGAUAUUCAGACCUCCCCAAUUGCGUACAAAAUUAUAAACGAAAAUAACGAGAGGCACAUAGCCGACUUUUACAGAUGGUUUGAAUUAUUUUUCAACCACCGCCAAGGGGAUCAAGCGGCGAAAGAAGCAGUCAAUCAAGCAGUCAAUGAACCAGUCAAUGUAGCGGCCAAUGAAGCGGCCAAAGAAGUACCUAACCACGCAACACAAAAUCAUCACCGAAUUUGUAGUGAGAUGGCUGCCAACUGGCAUAGCGGAGCGACCACACCCAUCGUCAUUCCCCCACCCAAGCUACAAGAAGAAGCACAUUCAGCACAGACUAACGAAGCGCACGCAAAAAUCAAUUCGGAGUCACCUACAAAAUUUCAAUGUUCUGCCGAGAAUUUCUUCUCAUUUGGGAGGAUGCCACAUCCCAGUAGUAACAGCCCAAAUGUGCGAAUAAAGGACAAUACUCAAAACGAGGGAAAACCCACUAUAUUUUCACAUUAUAAAUAUGCCAAAAUACAACAUGGGGGCGGCGGCGGAACCACCCCCUUGCAGACGCAAUCAAACGCAACGCCAACCCGCACAAACACCACUCCACGGAGAAGUGGAAAAAAAAACGACAAGCCAAAUAUAUCGCGAGAAAAAAGCGCACACAAAAUAACUCCCUUGUGUAAUAGCAGUAGCAAAAUGGAAAAUAGCGUGACAAUAAAUAUUGAAGAGAAAUAUGGUUUCAAUUUGCUAAAAAGAAGUGAACAAAAGAUAAAAGACAUAACACACGAUUUUAAUUACAUAUAUAUAGGAAGUAACAUGAUGAAAAAAAAUAAAUUUGUCCUUUUCGUAAAAGAAGAAAGUGUAAAAAAAUUUUUAAAAGUUAAACUGCUCAUCGAAAAAAUUAAAAAAAAAUCAAACUUGAAACUCAUAUCCGUAUUUGAAAAGGAAAUAGAAAAAAAUAUAAAACAUAUGGAAUACAUUUUACUGUUGACAACACACAAGGAUGAAUUUUUACCACUUAACGAUUUCUACCUACUUGACAGAAAUGCUUUUACAAAAGACCAUUAUUGCAUACCCCUAUAUAUAAAAAAGAACACCAUAAGCAGACCAACACAUUUUCACAUCAGGUGGAUUGUAUACACCUUGCAGUCGCUCAUCUUUUUUAAUUUUUUUUUUAAAAAAAUGAAUAAGUAUAUGUGUGCUUUCCCCUUCUUUAAUUACAAGUAUAAUUUGAUCAAACAUUUCUUGGACCAUGAAGAAAAAAACAAUUGUAGUAUCCACCAACAUAUAAAAAAAUUUUAUAUUUUUUUCCAGCAGUACAUCAUCAAGAAUAAGCAACACUAUUUGAAGUACUUUCCGCACUCCAUCACUCUGCACAUAAAAAAUGAUGCAUCUCCAAAUUACCAGAAUAGCAAGCCCGUGUGCAUAAACAUGUCCUCUAUUUUAGUGCUGACGCCGAACAAACCUAUACCCUCCUCCGAAUGGUAG